UUCUCAUUUACUCCUCGUCGUCAAGCGGCACGAGCUCACAAAAUUUCGAUUGUGCGCUGUCGUCCUCCACAGCGCUCAUAGGGACAUACAACAUCGACGCUGGACUGCACCCACAACGACGACCACCUGAUAAUUCGGCUGGAUUACACUCUCAUUUUCAAAGUUUCGGUUUAAGCUGAACAACGCAACACAUCAUCACUACCAGCAGUCUGCAAAAACCGGAAUCGUCGGCUCUCGAUGCCCAGUAUAUUCUCGCGAGCCCGCACUACUUCGACAACAGGCAAGAAGCAAUCCAGUGGCAACCACGACGGAUCUUUGGACGAGUUUGGGCGCGUAAAUAGUAGGAGUUCCGCCAAAGAUGUCAAUGGUGGCAGGAGCACACCUCCUAGUACUCUUGUGAAACAGAAACCACGGAGCCGAACCCUCAGCACUCCCGAGACAGACCCGUUCGCUCACAUUCCUGAUGGGUCUUUUCUCCCUUUGAAUUUGGAACCCAAAGAUAUUGACCACGAGCAGCAAGAGCAUGACUACGGAUACCUGUCUUAUCAGCGACACGUUAUACUGGGUCUCGAUGAAGUCGCACGCAUCGUGGACGUCGUGGCCAGCGAACUGGGCACUAGAGCAUUGACCACUCCCUUUAUUUUCUCGACUCUGGCACUUGAUGUCACAGCUAGCUCCGUCAAGAGGCUUGUCAGAGCGUUUUUAGAAACGUGCACGGGCGGAAUCGACGCAGAACACCGUUGGAGGGAGGAGGCCAGGCUCGCAGGUCCGCACGCACUUGGCAUGUGCAUACGGUGGGGACUGGCCAGAGUCGUCAGAGUCGUUGGUGGACAGGCGGUGAGAGGCCUUAUUGCUUGGGACCAUUAUACAGAGUUCCGAGACUCUGAAGCAGUACAGAACUAUCCCCCGAAACACUUCUCCACCUUCCUCCCACCUCUCUCCUCAACUCUGCGCUCGAUCCUACUCACUCUGUUGAGCCUGCUCAUUCGGUUCACAGCGCACAGCGCGAGCUCCGGACAUACGCCUCCAACCCUCUCCCCGUUAUUCGGACCCUUGUUAUUCGGACUCGGCCCCGCCACUCUGGCAUUCCACCACACCUAUAUCCACUACCUCCGCGCCGUUAACGCCACCGAACAUCUCCUUCUUUCCUUCAUUCGUUGGCAAUCUACAUCUGACCUCGGUGUUCCUACCCGGCUCAAAGAAUGGAUCCGCUCCUACCCUGCCACUCUCCCUGCCUUGCAUCACUCAGCCAAGCAUGAACGCCCACAAGCGCGCAGGGGUGCACGUACGGUGCGUGUCGUAAGUGUAAGGCGUAACGUACGGAUGUAUAGCCAAGAUCUAGUAAACACUGCUGCAAGCUGGGCACAUCGGUCUCAUGGGCACGGCCUAGCGGGGUCGAAGGAAUGGGAAAGGAUUGUUCCGCCUUCGCUCAAACUACCUCCGAGAUACUCAGAAGCAUACAAGAAGCGUAUGGACCUACCGUCCCAUGUGCACCCAUACACUGGACCCGGUGUCGCUCCAGCAUCUGCGACAAACAGCACGUCGUCUUCUCUAUCUGAUGACAGGGAUGGUAUCACGGGUCUGGGACUACGGGAGGGCGAGGAGAGGUUCAGAAGUCUUACGGAAUUGAAGUGGGGGGAGUUUGAGACGAUGGGAUUCGGAGCGGUCGCUGCGGAUGACAAGAAGUUGCAGUUUGAUUUAACGGAAGGCGCGCGGACGGCUCGUGCUGCAAAACGGGCUACUCUCACGUGGACUGACUUCUCUACGACUGGUUUCACUCGCACAGACGCACCUCUAAGCGCUACCUUACAAUUUAGCACGCCUGUUACCCACACGAUCUCCGCGUGGCCCUCGCACAAUGCCGAUCUUACCAAAAAGCUCAAGAAGACUGCCAGGACCUUGCCUGCUUUUGGCUGGGAUACAGAGCCAGUCCUCGGCACGGAAGAGGUGGUGGAAGAGGCGUUUGUGGACGUGUUUUGCGAUUUGGUUUGGGGAGGGGGUUGGAGGGAGGAAGUUGGCGGGAUCUCGAGUGCAGAGGGGCCUACAACAGAGGUCGAGAGGGAGUGUAACUGGGCAUUGAUUGAAUUUAAGUCUCUUCCGAUAUCUGCAUCUAUAUCCUCUCCCUUGCCCGCGACUGGUGGCACAGACCCAAGAACAAGCACGACACUCGUUUUGUUUGAGGAGUUUGUGCCUUUGGAGUACCGCCAACAGCUUGCCAAGGACAGUGGUGGGAAGCGAAGGCUACCAUUUCUGUUCCUGUCCCCUAAUACCAAAUCUCGUCCAUGGAAACCCGCUGCUACACUCAACGGACGUCCAUACGUUGUUGGGCACGUCCCUAAGAGUCCGUCAUAUCGCGAAGUCGAAUUUGAGGGACUGCUGAGAUCGAAUGGGAGCAAGGUUCUUUCACUACAGAAGCCUGGUGUUUCGGGUAGCGCGGGUACGAUGUCGCCCGGUACACCAGGAAUGCUUUCUCCAGUAGCUUCAGACGAUCGACCCUCCACCCCACGCCCAGCUCCUUCCACUCGGCCGAUGGUGACUAUCUCUGCACCGCUGUAUACCCAGCCACAAGACAAUGACAAGCCGCCAGCGCCGCCCUCAAAGGACAAGGACAGAGACUCAAAGCUCGAGCGUAGAGCCUCCGACUCGCCCCUCUCCCCAACAUCUGCGCGCAAUUUCGCUUCGCGCUUUCGCGUCCACCCCAGUUUUCGCCGCUCGGGAGUCGCCCCUGCUGAAUACGCCGAGGCAAUAGUGGAUUUUGAAACAAGGCUGGCGAGCUACUCAGAUGAUGAGCUGAAUAAUACGACUUCUUCAUCUGCCGGAGACAGAGACAGGCAUGAGAGAAGGCGCUCGAAGGACGAUGCUUGGGUGGAUAUUCUGGUCGCGACGCACAGCCGGCGGAUGGGUGGGCAGGAUGCUGAUAUUCGCCCAUUCGGUGGGCGCAAGAAGGGCAUGCAAGACCCGGAGAUCGCGAGCCAUGAGGUAGCACAAGUGCUUGCGGGCGUGGCGCUUGCGAAGUUGCCGCCGAGCGUUGAUGAGCCUGAGCCGCUGCCUGAGCCCACCGUGGCGCCGAGCGUACAGAGCGAGGAUGUGGAUGUGGACAGUGUGAUGUCGUAUCCAAAGACGACGACCUCCAGUGGGCCGAAGCGUAUGGGGUACUUUGAUCUGCAUCCAGAACGCAGGCCUCCGCCUUCGCCGCAGCCAACGAGCUUGGGCGAGGACUCAGAUGGAGAUGAGCAGGUGCGCUAUGGAAGCCCUGAGAGACCCUCGCUGUCGAAGUUUCCCAUACCCGCAAACACCGAUAUAAGUUCUUACCCCCAGCCCCUGCGAGGCUCGAUGGACACCGAAGAAAGCGACUAUGCACCAACUUCCCGGACGCACUCCAUCCAGCUCGAUGGGCCAGAGUUAGUGUACGAAGACCAUCAUGCAGCAAAGGAGACGCAGGGCGUGUUCUCGGGUACAGGGAUUAUGACCAUGCCGCAGCUUAUAGCUGUUGCACCCGUGACGCCGGAGAAGGGAGAUAAGGAUCAGGAAAAGAGUCGGACGGCUGCGCUGAUUGAGAUGUACCGCGAGCGCGAGAAAAAGUCAUCUAUGACUACUCCCGUGCCGAUAUCAAAGCUCCCCGCUCAAACGAAGGAGUCACCGCUGCCGCCCGUACCUGUGGUUGAGCUAGAGCCUGUUGUAGUGACCCCCGUGGAGGUUGUUGAGGCGCCUCCCCUGAGUGUGUUGUAUGAAGGGAACGGGCGGGAUAGUCCCGCGAGGUAUGUGCAUGGGGCACCGUUGCAUAAUGUGAUGGAGGAGGAGGAGGAGGAUUGA